AUCAUAUUUGUCAAAACCUUAAUAAACAAACAAGGUAAACAGUAUCCCCUGAAUCAUCUAGGGCAAACCUUCGUUCUCAGUUCUUCCCAUCUCUUCUUGUACACCAUCCUACCCCACGCUUAGUGUAAAAUUACUGUAUUUUUGUGCUUAUUAUGCCCCCUACCAUGGCAAGUGGAAUGCCCACAAACACUUCGCGAGCUGAAGAACUCAAGCUCCUCGCAAAUGAAGCCUUCAAAGCCCAUAAAUAUUCUCAGGCUAUUGAUUUGUAUACGCAAGCGAUAGAAGCCAAUAACGACAAUGCAGUGUACUGGGCUAACCGUGCAUUUGCGCACACUAAAUUGGAAGAGUAUGGAAGUGCUAUACUGGACUCUACAAAAGCUAUUGAAAUCGAUCCAAAAUAUUCCAAAGGUUAUUAUAGACGAGGCGCUGCGUAUUUGGGAUUGGGCAAGUUUAAAGAAGCUUUGAAGGACUUUCAACAAGUCAAGAAAUUAUGUCCAAAUGAUCCUGAUGCAGCCAAGAAAUUAAAGGAAUGUGAGAAAGCUGUGAUGAAGCUAAAAUUUGAAGAAGCUAUUGCAGUGCCUCAAUCUGAAAAAGUUUCAAUAGCCGACUCUAUCGAUUAUCAUGCCAUAGGGACGAGCCCAGGCUCAUGUUUUGUUUCCCUGAAAGUAAUUGCUGUACCAGCGGCAGUCGCACUAGUGGCUGUAUUGGCAGUAUAUGUGGGGACUAAAGCAGCCUUAGUAGUGGCAGCAACAGCUAUGGCAACAAUUUUGGUGUUUUGGGGGACGUUUUGGAAGGGUCGCUGCAAAGACAGUAUCUUUACCAAGACUCGAACACUUGACUUAGAUGUGGAACCACAAUAUGCUGGUGCAAGAAUAGAAGGCGAUGUUGUAACUUUGGACUUUGUGAAGAAAAUGAUGGAUGACUUCAAGAAUCAGAAGUGUUUACAUAAACGAUAUGCAUACCAAAUUGUUUUGCAAACAAGGGAGAUGCUGCGAGCGUUGCCAUCUCUAGUUGAUAUUAAUGUUCCUAAUGGAAAGCACUUCACUGUAUGUGGUGAUGUACAUGGUCAGUUCUAUGAUUUAUUAAACAUUUUUGAGCUCAAUGGACUUCCAUCAGAAGAUAACCCAUACCUGUUCAAUGGAGAUUUUGUGGAUAGGGGGUCUUUUUCUGUUGAGGUCAUACUCACACUGUUUGCAUUCAAGUGCAUGUCUCCAUCAGCUAUAUACCUUUCUCGAGGGAACCAUGAAAGCAAAAGCAUGAACAAAAUAUAUGGUUUUGAGGGUGAGGUCAGAUCCAAAUUAAGCGAUACAUUCGUGGAACUUUUCACGGAAGUAUUUUGUUGUUUACCUUUGGCUCAUGUGAUAAACGAAAAAGUUCUUGUGGUUCACGGAGGCCUCUUCAGUGUAGAUGGCGUCAAGCUCUCUGAUAUCAGAGAAAUUGAUCGGUUUUGUGAGCCUCCAGAGGAGGGGUUAAUGUGCGAAUUGCUGUGGAGUGAUCCGCAACCUCAACUAGGUCGGGGCCCAAGUAAGCGUGGUGUUGGUCUUUCAUUUGGUGCAGACGUAACGAAAAGAUUUUUGCAAGACAACAGCCUGGAUUUAGUCGUCCGAUCACAUGAAGUAAAGAAUGAUGGCUAUGAGAUUGAGCAUGAUGGUAAACUUAUAACAGUGUUUUCUGCUCCCAACUACUGUGAUCAGAUGGGAAACAAGGGAGCAUUUAUUCAGUUUGAAGCCCCUGAGCUGAAACCAAAUAUCGUCACAUUUUCAGCUGUGCCGCACCCUGAUGUCAAGCCAAUGGCGUAUGCCAACAACUUCCUUCGAAUGUUCUCAUAACAGUAUACCUAACUUGACUCUAAUAAUUAAAUUUUAUAAUGCUAUACUUAGUUUUUGCUACACAUUGCUGGCAGAAGGCUGAAGAAGAAUAUAUUUUCGUCGUCAAAGAAGAUGACAUUUGUACGCUAUUUUUUCGAACUUCUUUUGUGUAGACUGGUAAAUUUAGGUCGAGCUUUAAAAAUUAGCACCAAUGAAAGUGUCAUGUAAAAUGAUUGUUGUGAUCGUCAUUUGUUGUGAAUAGUUCAAAUCACAUUAUCAACAAUCAAUCUAUUUUGUACUUGUCUUUGUUAUUAA